GGCACGAGCGCGUCGGACUCGUAAGACAUUUGACCGCUACACAUCGUGUCACUCGCUGGCCACAGGCUCUGCACAGAAGAGCGCAUGAAAGACAUGACGAACGCUCGUUCCAGGUCAACCGAGGCUCCCAUGGACUUUCAGUUUACGUCUCGGCCUAGCAGUGGCUCGACGCCAGCCUGGGCCGUGCCUACCAAUGGCGACCCAAGCACCCCGCGAAAACGUACGUGCUCUAUUAGCGAUUGUGUUUCAACCUGGGAGAAUUCAUCCAUCGAAGGUCCUUUUCAAGAUCUGGGCUCUGCGUCACCCGCAUUCCCUGGAUCACCUCUCACGCCAAUGUUUGGCGAGAAUCGAAAUGUGCCAUUCAUCUUCGAAAGCCGUCCACCUCAGACGAAUCCAUCACCGCCAUGGGCCCCACCACCAAAUUUCUCGCCUCAAAAAGUAUUCUCUCAGCCACAACCUGCUCAGGAGCUUCGUGAUGUCGACAUGUCGGAGUUGAGCCCUCCGAAGCCUGAUGAAAGCGAGAAGGAAAAUGGACGAGCGGUCGCCACCGGUGCUAUGAGAAGGGUGUUCAAUUCGAGGCGUAAGGCGCGUGCCAAGAUGCGUGAUCAUGCAGAUGGCUCGAACGAUGAAGACAGUGAAGACGACCGGGAUAAUGCUAGAUCCCUGACCCGAACUACGUCAACUCACUAUACCCUCAACAUGCCUUCAGCCUCGGCUUCUCCAUCGGAUACACCGUAUGUCCUGCUUGGCUAUUUGCAGUUUUUCUUCAAUCUCUCGCUGGUGCUGGUGUUCCUGUACCUGCUGGUGCAAUUCAUUCUUACGGUCCAGCGUGAUGUAGAACACCGCAUUUCGGAAUAUUCCAUGGAUAUCGUUCAGGAGAUUGGCGUUUGCGCUGCUCAAUACAGAAAUAAUUUCUGCGGAACGAACCAGAUCCCUGCCAUGGCACAGCAAUGCGCUGCCUGGGAAACCUGUAUGAACCGUGAUCCGACGACGGUGGGUCGCGCUCGCAUCGGCGCUGAACUAAUUGCCGAAGUCGUAAAUGGUUUCGUUGAACCUAUCAGUUGGAAAACUCUAGCUUUUACAUUAACGUCCUUAUCCUUCCUAACGUUGUUCGUUAACUCUCUAUUGUCCCUUUACCGGUCACGUCAUAACCCAACUUCGCCCCCACCGCCUGCAUCCUUGGCCGUCCCACCUGGUUUUCGUCAUGCUUAUCUCCCUUUGGGUAACGCUCAUUUCGCGGGAUCUCAGAAGACCAAAGAUGACGAAUCGUCAGAAGAUGCACCUCGCAGAAGGCGGCUGGAAGGCGGGCAGGCCGUUAAAGUGAAGUGACUGAUAUAAAUUCCGAUCAAAAUCGACAACGUACUCUAGUACUUACAUACAACAAUGUCAUGCCAGGAACUACAGCACCAUACCGUACUCAUAGGUUUCUUUGCAUUCUUCUAACCGUCGGAUGAAUUACUUGCGGUAAUCCAUCAUUUUCCCGGCAUUCAGUAUGCACAUUGAUAAGCGGGUUAAAUAUAUACCCCUUUCUCUCUUCCGCCCUCCCUCCGUUUGCUAGAGCAACAGACCGUAUAAUUAAUACAGAAACAACGUUGGUCAGCCAACGAGGACAGGCGUUAGCCUUGUUUUAGCAUAGUGAUGACGUAUCUGAGUUCAUGUAACGCAAAAUCGUCACCAUGCCUAUAGUCGUAUUUUCGACACCCCCGUGCAACGCGGUGUGAGAUGCAUUUUGGGUUAGCAGUAGAGUGGGGUGUG